UUAAACAUGCAAAUGGCGGCCUGCACAAGCUAGAGACAUAUUGGACUUCCGUGAAUUUAGCUGCGAUCAUGGGCCGAAAAUCGAACUGUUGUGGCUUAUCGUGGUUUGUAAACGAUGGAAUCGGCAUUGGAUGUGCGGUUUUUACAUAUUUACUCAUAGCGUAUGCCGAGUUUGUGGUUGUAUUUGUGAUGCUACUGCCUGAGGUUGUAACUUCAGCUGCGAUCGGGGUUUUCCACGCCAUCGCUUUUACUCUGUUGGCGGGUCUUGCGCUUGUUGCCCACAGUCGAGCGAUGUGCAGUGAUCCAGGUACCAUCCCUUUAGGAAAUUGCACUACAGAAAACUUGAAGAAGCUUCAAUUAAAAGAGGGAGAAGUAGUUCUAAGAUGCACUAGAUGUGAGUGUAUCAAGCUUGAUCGAGCUCACCACUGUAGCACUUGUCAGAGAUGUAUUAGGAAAAUGGAUCACCACUGUCCAUGGAUAAAUAAUUGUGUGGGGGAAGACAAUCAAAAAUUCUUUGUAUUGUUUACAAUGUAUAUUUUUUUGAUAUCCAUAUAUGCAUUGGUUUUGACGAUACGACAAAUACUUAUAUGUACAGAAAAUGAAUGGCAUGAUUGCACCUUUUUACCAGUAGCCUCAGCCAUUUUAUUGAUGAUUUUUCUAGUCUUUGAAGGAUUACUAUUUGGGAUUUUCACUCUUGUUAUGUUCUGCAGUCAAGUAUCCUCAAUAGUUAAAGAUGAAACGGGAAUAGAACAUUUAAAGAAGGAGAGAGUUAUCAAAAAUAAUUCUGUGUAUGAGAAUCUUCAAGAUGUUUUUGGAGGGUAUUUUUCUAUUUCAUGGUUUUCACCUUUCACUUCGGCUCCCUUGCGACGAGCGAACUUUACAUUUCACGACGUCUGACAGAAUUCAUUUAAGAAAACACGUGAAGGGAUGAUGGAAAGCCUGUGGUACAUUAGCCUAAGUGUACAUUUUGAAUGCAGGCUAUUGCAUCGCUCAAAGGAAAGAGUUCAUGUAGCGGUCAAAGCCUACGGCAAAAAAAGUUGUAAAUUUAUUUUCAAAGCUCGUUGAGCGAUUUUAAAGCUACCGCUCUUUGUUAUCCAAUUAUAAGAUGCCACAAAUAUACGGAAUAUCCUCUUCAUGACGUUAUGUUGCCUAGCAACUUCAGGGACGAAAACCGCGGGCUCAUCUGGUCUCUGAAAAAAGAAAAAUU